AUGUGUGUUCUGACUAUCUAUAGACCCGAAUACAAGUUUGCUCAACUCGCCAAGUCUGGAGGCCGUGUCAACGAAGCCACCGUCGCGGCAGUCUACGACCAACUCAAACCCGUCUCUCCAGAGUUUCUGGUCGGUCAGUGGGAGGGAGGCGAUUUUGACACUGGCCAUCCUGCUCAUGAGCAACUUGUCAAGAUAAAUUGGGCUGGUAAAGACUUUCGCAGCGUAGACGACGUUGACCCCAUCGUGAUUUACGGAAAGGAUGGCCAACGAACUUGGUUGUCCGACUAUGGGCACGCACGGGUACGCGAGGUCAAGUUCCGCGGAGUUGUCACGGCAGCAAUGGUUUACGACAAAUUUCCCAUCAUAGACGCCUUCCGUUAUGUUGAUGAGAACACUGUGCUUGGUGCCAUGGAUAACAAGUCUCAGAAGGCGGGAACCUAUUACUUCUACCUGAAGCGGAGGCCGAGUAGUAAAAACCGUGCUACCGAGGUGGACGGCUCAAAUCCCCGCGCCCCGCAUCAUGCACAUGCACUGCGGACCGCGCCUGAGUUCACCACUGUUCAAGAUAAGAAGGGCAUGGAAAGCACACCAGAAGUACCUCAGACUCCUGACACGAGAAACUAUCGGAGCCCCGCCACUGUAUCAUCCUCGCGGCUCAAGAAGAGGGAAGCCGAUCGCAAAGCUCAGCGUAUCGCUCGGGAGAAGACCAAGAACCGAAUCGCUCAUUUGGAGAGCUUGGUCGAAGAGCUCAGCCAGAAAGAUGACGACGGCAAGACAGCGUCACUCAUGGCACAGUUGUCGCGGGUGACGGAACAGCGGAACAAGUUGAUGAGUUGCCUGGAGACGACUUCAUCGCUUUUUACUAAGCAACUCACUGACGCCAAGGGUUGGGACUCUGAAAAAACAUUGAACCAGGAAAACAACAAAUCCAUACCGGAUCUGGUUAACUUGGACUUACCACAGCCGUCGACUUUGGACUUCAUGGCUCCGCCUGUUGCAGCUCCUGUGCCGACCACUUCUGAGGUUACCAUGUGCGAUCUGAAACACAUGGGAUUUGCCACAAGUAACUUCACAGAUGGAACCGGCUUGGAAUUUGAACAGUCUUGGUUAAACGAAAUGUUUCUUCCAGAAACAACAGAAGUACGUUCUUCGUUAAUAGGCCCAUUGCCACCGUCGCCAGCGAUGCUCAACCCGACAACCGGAGAAGCCAGCACGUCAACUGCGGAAGCACCGCCAAAGCCGACGUGUAGCUGCAAAAGCUCCAUCAAGAAACGCAGACUCUCCGAUGGCUCGCUGGUGAACUGCAACAACUGGAAAGCAGCAAACAAAAUCUUGAAAGAGCCCUUUGCAAUCUCCCAGGCUAUGUUGGACUUGGAAUACCAAGUCAGCGAGGACAUUCCGGUGCACGCGGUCCUUCACGGGUGGGAUAGCAUCAGUCAAUCGGGGAAAAUGACGCCUCUUUGGAAGAGGGUCCGUCAACUAGACGAAAUGUGCUUCUCAGGCUGCGGUCAGCCGGAGCGCCUGGGUGUGUUGUUCAUGAUUCACCUGCUGAUGCGGGCAUACACCGACCCGACGCCGAUGAAAUCAUCAGUAGUGCCGCAGUGGUAUCUGAAAUCACAACUGCAGCAGAUAUCACCGUUCCGCGAUCCAUCAGCAGACUACUUCACAUGGCCGGCAAUACGCUAUCGUUUCGCGACAACACCGCAUCGAUACUGCCACAACAUCUUUUGGCACAUGUUCAGGGAGCAUUUACGCAUCGCGUGGCCGUUCGACUUCCGCGACUGCUACGUGCGGAACGUGCAGCUCGGGACGUACUGCCUGUCGUCCUUGUUCAAAGACAGGCUGCGCGACUUGCGGGCGUGGACGAUGGAAUCCGACUUUUUCGUGCAGUAUCCGGAGCUGCGAGAGGACAUUCCAAGGUUCCCGGGGCAUCCUUCUCCGGUUACCAUUUCUCAUGCUGUAGGGAGGUUCACAGCACCUGUCUCUGCGAAAAAGGGCAAUCAGAAUUCGGAGAAUGACGAUGAUUCUCAAAAUGGCAAAGACAAGGCACGAUCCGGGUACCAUAAUCUCUCCGAGGGCGGGUUGUUUGCGAAUGAUAUUGACAUUAACUCCAACCCCGAACUUUUGUUCUUUCAAGACACGCUUCAAGAAAGUCAUGGCCCGCGAGAUGCAAGCAGGCAAAUAAGCAAAUACAAAGAUAGUUCAUGUAUUUCCUUGUAG